AUGGGGGCGCAGCGGGUGCUUCUUCUAGUCAUAUAUUUACUGCCUGCGCUCCUGCUCUCAGAGGCCGCCAAAAUCCUGACUAUAUCCUCACUGGGUGGAAGCCAUAUUCUACUAAUGCAGCGGGUGUCUCAGAUUCUUCAGGAUCAUGGUCAUAACGUCACUAUGCUUUCUAAUAGAGGAAGAAGUCUAGCCUCAGAUUUAGAAAAAGAGGAACACUCAUUCCAGGUCAUCAGUUGGCAUUCAUCUGGAGAUCUUGAAAAUGAAGUAAGGAAACGUCUGGAUUUGUUUGUGACAGAAGCUUUGCACAACAGAAAAGAAUCUGAACACUUUGUAAAUUUAAUGGAAAUACUUGGGACUCGAUGCAGUUAUUUGCUAAGGAGACGUGAUAUCAUGGAUUCCUUAAAGAAUGAGAACUUCGACCUGAUAUUUGUUGAUACCUUUGACUUCUGUUCAUUUCUAAUUGCUGAGAAACUUGGGAAGCUGUUUGUGUCCAUUCUUCCCACAGUAGUUAGCAGACUGGACUUUGGCCUGCCAAGCCCCUUGUCUUAUGUUCCAGUAUUCCAGUCUUUCCUAACUGACCAUAUGGACUUCUGGGGUAGAGUAAAGAAUUUCCUGAUGUCACUUGUUUUCUCUGUGGAGCAGUGGCAAAUACACUCUACCUUUGACAACACCAUCAAAGAGCAUUUCCAGGAAGGUUCUAGGCCAGUUUUAUCUCAUCUUCUAAAGAAAGCAGAGCUGUGGUUUGUCAAUUCUGACUUUGCCUUUGAAUUUGCUCGGCCUCUGUUUCCCAACACUGUGAAUGUUGGAGGCUUAAUGGUCAAACCUAUUAAACCAGUACCACAGGACUGUGCCUUAUGUGGGCUGCACGGAUUCUUCUGUUGUGCCAGGUUGACUACUGUGGAUGGUCUGGAACUUGAGAAUUUCAUUGCCAAAUUUGGAGACUCUGGUUUUGUCCUUGUGGCCUUGGGCUCCAUCGUGAGCAGAUAUCAGUCCCAGGAGAUUCUCAAGGAGAUGCAUGCUGCCUUUGCUCGUCUCCCUCAAGGGGUGAUAUGGAAGUGUAACCCUUCUCACUGGCCCAAAGAUGUCAAAUUGGCAGCAAACGUAAAAAUCAUGGACUGGCUUCCUCAGAAUGACCUCUUGGCGCACCCUUGCAUCCGCCUUUUUGUCACUCAUGGUGGGAUGAAUAGUAUCAUGGAGGCCAUCCAGCAUGGCGUGCCCAUGGUGGGGAUUCCUGUCUUUGAGGACCAGGAUGAAAACCUGCUCCGAGUAGAAACCAGACAGUUUGGUGUCUCUAUCAAGUUAGAGCAGAUGAAGGCUGAGACGUUGGCUCUGAAGAUGAAGCAAGUCAUGGAAGACAAGAGGUACAAAUCUGCCGCAGAGGCCACCAGCAUCAUCGCGCGCUCGCAGCCCCUGACUCCUGCCCAGCGGCUGGUGGGCUGGAUCGACCACAUCCUCCAGACAGGGGGUGCAGCCCACCUCAAGCCCCAUGCCUUCCAGCAGCCGUGGUAUGAGCAGUACCUACUGGACAUCCUCUUGUUCCUGCUGAUGGUUACCCUGGGCACUGUGUGGCUCUGUGGGAAGCUACUGGGCCUGGUGGCCAGGUGGCUGUGUGGGGCCAGGAAACUAAAGAAAGCCUGA